AUGACAUCCACAUCUAUAACAAACAAUGUUCCAUCUUUGCCUAAUCCUAAUUUUGAAAUAUUUGAUGGCAAAGACUUUCCUAGAUGGCGUGGAAAGAUGGAAUUCUUUUUAAGACGAUUAAAGUUGGCAUAUGUUCUUGAGAAACCUUGUCCUGACGAACCUGGUUCUGAGGUAGCAACGGACGAGGCUACUCUGAUUAAAGAACAAAUUGCCAAAUGGCAAGAUAAUGAUUACUUAUGCAAGAAUUAUAUUCUUGGAGGAAUGUCCAAUAAAUAUUAUGAUCAAUAUUAUAUUAAAUGCAAAUUUGCUAAGGAGAUUUGGGAUACUCUUACAACUAUCCAUUUAACAGAAGAGGCGAGUUCAAAGAAAUUUCUUGUUCCAAAUUAUAUGGAGUUCAAAAUGGUUGAUGACAAGUCAAUCACUGAACAAGUACAAGAAUUUCAACUUAUAGCUAAUAAAAUUGCUAUAUCUGGAAUUGCACUUGAUGAAAAUUUUCAUGUUGGUGUUAUUGUUUCAAAACUUCCUCCAUCUUGGAAGGAGUACAGAAGCAAACUCUUGCACAAGAAGGAAGAUUUGACUCUUGAACAAUUAUUGCAGCACUUGCAAAUUGAACAAGAGACACGAUAUCGCGACAAUAAUAUCUAG